CUGCGGCAGGUAGUGCAGCCUGAGCCAGGAGACGGAAGGGUCACUUAGCGAUAGGCGUAUUCAAGAAGAGACACUGCGUAGGGUAAAACAACUUUUACCUUAUCUUCAACCGCCACUUGGAUCAUAAACCACUGGAGCAAAGUGCGCGGACUUGCAGCAGGCAUGGACUGACGAUCGUGCGGAAAGAAAAGGCGAUUUGAUCAGCUGAAUUGCUAAAAUCAAUUCUACUGUAGAUCGUGUCAACACGUAAGAGAGGCAAACAGCUGAUCGAGGGUGUGAAGAGGUGGCCGGGAAAUGGCUGACGGUGGGAAGGCCAGUUGGUGGAAAUCGAUGACCCUGAAGAAGAAGCCGAAGGAACUGACGGACAAGGGGGCAGGGCAGGAGAAUGUGCAGUCGUCCGCAGACAAAACAACGGCCCUGGAAAACAAACAUCCUAAUCUCAUCGAUGAUAAAGAAUACGUGGACCCCAAAUUCGAAAGAGGCUUUAACGAGAAAAGCACACGCAGGAAUCUGAAAAUCUCCCGCUCUGGACGUUUCAAGGAAAAACGCAGAGUCAGGGCUACUUUACCAGAGAGCCCCAAGUUUUUUGAAGGCAACGCGAAUGGGAAUACAAAUGAUGAAAACUAAUACAAAAUACAGUUUCUAAAGACGCCGUCCGUUCGGGUGUUUUUAAAGACUAGUCAAUGAACUCCAAAGGGAAAUCUUAAAGCCCUUAAUUUAAUAAGAUAAGAGCUGAAAUUAAAGUGUCAAUUUAUAAUACCUUGAAUAUUUCAUGAAUUGUUAAAUAUUUAUUUGCUGUAAUACAGAUACCUGCUGGUGUAAAUUGAUUUUUACAGUCCUGAACUCUUUCCUUAUCAGGUGCAGAGACAGUAAAAUUCACUGCGAGUGAGAAUUAUGAAGAAACGCUUGUUCUGAUUCAGAACUUCUUGAGUGAAAAUGAUUCAAGUUAUUAGUUUAUAAUGAUAACUCUACCUUUAGUAAAUAUUUUUGUCUGUGGCUGUUAUGAAGCUUUAAGACUAAAAACAGCCUCAACAUCCCACCAAAGCAAUUGUUUAUAUUUGAGUUUUAAAGGCGUUAAUUUUUAAAAUAAAAAUAUUUUCAUGAA